AUGAUGGGAAAAGUCGACUCCGUCUCUCAGGAAUUCAAUCAAGUCCCACGUAAUUGCAAAAUGAUGUUGCGACGAAGAAUCUGUCUGCUCUCCAGCCUUCACAGCGGUCGCACAUGGAGGGGCAUGAGCACCGGCACGAGCACGGCGGUGAUGAGCUUCGGCGACGGAAGCCACGGAGCUCUCGGCCUGCCGUCGUCGCUCACCGGCGUCGGCAUCGGCGGCGACGACGCGUACGAGCCGACCAAGGUCCCCAAUCUACCCUCCGAUGUGAUUAGCGUGUGCGCGGGUCACUACCACUCGCUUGCCGUCACUUCUCAGGGCCAUCUCUGGGCUUGGGGUCGCAACCAUGAAUUCCAACUUGGACGCGAUCCUCUUUCUUUAAGGCAGCCGUGGAACGAGCCCAAGCGAGUGCGUGGCUUAGAAAAAGUGAUGGUUAAGGCUUCAUCUGCAUCCGGUGUUGUAUCGGCGGCCACUGGAGAUGACGGCUCUUUGUGGGUUUGGGGGAAGUCUAAGCGCGGACAGCUAGGUCUUGGGAAAGAUGUCACCGAAGCUGUCACACCGUCUAGAGUAGAUGCGCUUGCUGGAGAAAGGAUAGUUCAGGUUUCAUUUGGUUGGGGACACGCGCUUGCGAGGACAGAGGAUGGCAAAUUAUUUGGCUGGGGCUAUUCAGCUGAUGGUAGGUUAGGAAAGAUUGGAGGAAUGGUGGAGAUAUCUACGUUGGAAUCUACUGCAAGUAUGUCAGCCAAUGAAAUACAGGGUUCGAGUUCAGUCAAAGAAGUUGCAGAGAAGCGGGUUUUAGAAGGCAUGGAGAAGGAGAAAGAUAUGCCAAUAUUAUGGGAACCUUGUUUAAUAGAAGAACUGAGCGGUGUUGAAGUUUCGGACAUUGCAUGUGGGCUUGACCAUUCCUUAGUUCUUUGCAGUAAGGGUGCCCUUUUAAGCGGUGGGAGCAACGUAUAUGGUCAGCUGGGCAGAGCAAGUCAAGACUUAGGAAUCUUGCCAGUUGAUAGUACUUCAUGUCCCAUAUCGAUAGCAUCAGGUCUGGGCCAUUCCUUAGCAAUUUGCAAGGAUGCAUCAUUCGAUGCCCCUAAAUCCUCGAAAAAAGUUGUAUCCUGGGGAUGGAAUCAAAGCUCUCAGCUUGGUAGGCCAGGGCCCGAGAACCUUCCACUGGCGGUCGAUGGAUUAGCAGGGGAAUGUCCAGUGUCAGUUUCAGGAGGGCGCGUACAUUCUAUUGCUCUCACGUCCAAGAGAGAGGUAUGGGUAUGGGGCUGUGGCAGAAACGGAAGACUUGGAUUGGGAAGCUCCAACGACGAGACCGAGCCAACUUUCUUAGACUCUUUAGAAGGUCUGGAAGUUCUACAGGUUGUGUCAGGUCUUGAUCAUAGUCUAGUCCUUGUAGCUGAAUGAUCUAUAGUUUGAAUGAGUAGCUUAAUAACCUGGCUUGUAGUUUCUGUCUUGUACUGCUCGGCGUCUCCGCUGUGGAAUUGGCUAGCUUACUUGUUACCUAUAUAAGAGCGGGAAGUUGCAUUUGAAGCCCCGCAGGAA